CCCUCUAGGUGAAUACGUGAUCCAGUCGUGCUGAGGUGAUAAGGGCUGGAUACGUGCAGCUGCUCAAGAUGACUGAAACAGAGUCGCAGUCGUCAAUGGACUACUCGGAGGACGAGGACGAGGACGAGAGUGCGCUGCAAGACUACUACCAGUUCGGAUGUGACGACCUGGAGGAGGACACGUCGCGACAGAACCCCGAGUUCUUCCCGGUCGAGUGUCUCAGUGUCGAGGAGGUGGAGCGGCUCUUCAACGAGUGGGUGGAGCAGCUGAGCACCAGCCUGCAGGUGACGCCCUCGCUAGCCAAGCAGUUACUGCACUCCAACAGCUGGAACGCGGCCGAGAUCGUGGCGCGGUACCGUGCUAACUCCAGCCAGCUGCUGGCCGAGGCGCAGAUCAAGCCGCGGCCAGCGCCACCGCCGCCGGCCGCACCGGCCGCCUGUGUGCCGGGGCCCAGCCACGCCUCCCAUCCGCUAUCCGCUACCGCCGCCGCCGCUGCCGCUGCCUCCGUCGCAGCCGGUGCCGUGCUGCCGCCGGCCGAGUGUCCCGUCUGUGCGAGCGUGCAGCCGUCGAGCGAGUUCCGAGCGCUCGCCUGCCGCCACCACUUCUGCCAGGGCUGCUGGCAGAUGCACUUCGAGACGCAGAUCAUGCAGGGUAUCUCGCUCGGUAUCGAGUGUAUGGCGCGGCAUUGCAACAUCCUGGUACCGGAGGACUUUGUGGUGUCGCUGCUGACGCGGCCGGCGCUGCGCGGCCGCUACCAGCAGUACGCCUUCGCCGACUACAUCCGCUCUCAACCGCAGCUCAGAUUUUGUCCCGGCCCGAACUGUCCUAUAAUAAUUCGUGCAUGGGAACCCAAGGCCAAAAGGGUAGUGUGCAGCAAGUGUAAAACCUCUUUCUGUUUCCGGUGCGGCAUCGACUACCACGCGCCAGCCGACUGCGACACGGUCAAGAAGUGGCUGACCAAGUGCGCGGACGACAGCGAGACGGCCAACUAUAUAUCGGCCAAUACCAAAGAUUGCCCAAAGUGCCAUAUCUGUAUAGAGAAGAACGGGGGAUGCAAUCAUAUGCAGUGUUUCAGCUGCAAGUUUGAAUUCUGUUGGAUGUGUCUAGGCAAUUGGAAAAACCACGGGUCCGAGUACUACGAGUGCUCACGGUACAAGGAGAACCCCAACAUCGCCAGCGACUCGGUCCACGCCAAGGCACGCGAGGCGCUCAAGAAGUACCUGCACUACUACGAGCGGUGGGAGAAUCACUCCAAGUCGCUGGCACUGGAGGCCCACACGCGGCAGAAGAUCGUGGACCGGAUCAACCAGAAGGUCAACGACGCCAGCGGCACCUGGAUAGACUGGCAGUACCUGCUGGACGCGGCCGCGCUGCUGGCCAAGUGCCGGUACACGCUGCAGUACACGUACCCGUACGCCUACUACCUGGAGUCUGGCUCCCGCAAGGCGCUGUUUGAGUACCAGCAGGCGCAGCUGGAGGCCGACAUUGAGGAGCUGUCCUGGAAGGUGGAGCGCGCCGAGACCACCGACCGCGGCGAGCUCGAGAACCACAUGAGCCGCGUCGAGAAGAGCCGCACCAUGCUGCUGCGCGAGUUCAUAGAGCCGUAGUGGCCGGCGGUGCGGCGCGGCAGCCGCGUGCUGCGGGCGGCGUCGGCUCUAGUUCCGGGGCGGCCCGAGGCGUCCGAGUCUCCUCUGCCGCGUCCCGGGGCGGUGCCGGCGCCGGCGCUGGAGCCGGAGCCGGAGCCGGAGCCGGAGCCGGAGCCGGAGCCGGAGCCGGAGCCGGAGCCGGAGCCGGACGGCGCAGAGUGCGCACGAUACGCCGCCCGUGGACGCGGGAGAGCGGGGAGCCGACCGACUGUGGGUGCCCAACGCCUGACGCUCCCUCACUGAGAUUAUGCCGGUGACUAACACCCAUAGGUUAUGCGCUCACUCGAAACGCUGGGACCCGAUGCGUUUUAACUCCCUCGAAAUGACUUGGUACAAUUCCGUCUUCAAUUUACCUGCAGACCGCCUGAGGAUUUUGCGAAGUGGCUGUUGGCCGCAGCUGCUGCUGUACAUAUGUCUACAGAUGGGCUCAUGCUGCGCUGGACAGGCGCGCCGGCGGCCCGGGACGUUCUGUCCACUGCUCUUCCGUUUCUUAGUGUGUGUGUUGAGUCAUGGUGUCAUACGUGGCCAGUGGCGCCUCGGCUCGUCACUCGAGGCGCGCGACCGGUACCGCAUCGUGCGCUCUCGGUCAGGCGACGGGCGGCGGCCGCCGGGACGUCACCCACGCGCCCUUCAACCGUCGAGUGGCGGAGACUCGGCGCCCGUCACCAGUCGGCGGUUCGCUGUGCGGCGGCGCGUCUGAGCCGAUGACCCUGCGGCCCUCGGCCGGCCGGCGCGGCGGCGUAACCUGUCUGUCUGGCCCAUGUCCUGCCCGUGCGCGCGUGGUGCGCCAGCACACUUCGGCCGUCUUUCAUCGUGUCUGCUGUAGGUGUGGUGUGGUGUGGUCACCGUGAGAGGCGCCGACGCGGCGUGUAGAAUCUGCUCGAUGUGGUGUGUGCACGAUGUGUCGUAGGUGGCCAGCGUCGGGUCGCGGCAUUUACAGAACAUGCUUCGAUUUGGAAC